AUGGCAUCUAAGCGGAAAGCUUCCACUGAUGUGGAUUUGUCGUCCAAAAGGCUCCACAUGAGCGAUCUACACAAUGAUGAUCCCAUUUACGAAGAAACCCAUUCUGAUGCAGAAUACUCUGCUCCAGAGACUCCUAGCCUCGCUAGUUAUGACAUGAACGACACUCCUCCGACACCAAUUUCUACUACCUCCGCUCGAUACCCAUCGGAACUUAAGACCCAUCGCUGUCCAUUCGAGGGCUGUGAGAAGGCUUUCAACCGCCCUGCUAGGCUUCAGGAACAUAUUCGGUCGCAUAACAAUGAACGUCUUUUUGCGUGUACCUUCGACGGCUGUGACAAGACCUUCCUACGAACCUCCCAUCUCAACCAUCAUGUUAAGAGUGCCCAUACUGGAGCUCGAGACUAUGUGUGUCCCCGACCAGACUGCGACAAGAGUUUUGUGACAGGCUCUCGACUUCGUCGUCACAUUGCUGCACACGAUGGAAGAGACAAAUACCGUUGUACCGAAUAUCCACCCUGCGAGGAGACGUUCCGCAAACACUCCACGCUACAGAAACACGUUCUGACAGUGCACCUGCACCAGAAACCGUUCCCGUGCACACAUAUCGAUGAAACUACUGGGCAGAAAUGUCAAAUGGCAUUUGAGACUGCUGGUCAUCUCCGAGCCCACCAAAGCAGAAUUCAUGCCGAGAAGAGAUUUAGCUGUGCUGAGUGCACCGAGCAUUUGCAGGGCUCGGAGAGUGCUGCUCUUUACUUCCCGACAUAUGCCAUUUUACAAGAACAUAUUCGAACUGUUCAUCCUCCGCAGUGUCCCCAAUGCCCUAUUGUCUGUUCAACCUCGCGAGAGCUACGACGCCACCUUGAAGUUGCUCAUGGAGAUGCGAGCUUGGAGGACAGGAAGGUAUUCGAUUGCACCCAUCCCGGCUGUGAUCGCAGCUUCACAAAGAAGGGAAACUUGACUGUCCAUGUCCGAACGGUACACGAAGGAGAGAAGCGAUUUGGUUGUGGUGAGACGGACCUCUCAGCCUCGAAGAAGGUUACCGGCUGGGACGGAAUUGGCUGCGGGAAGAGGUAUGGAAGCAAACUUGCGCUAGAAGAACACAUUCGCACUGCGCAUUUGGGCUUCCAAAAUGCCAAAGCAGAGCGGCGCCAACGACUUGGUCUUAGCAAGAAGGCCUGUGUUAACAACCAAAUGUCCACAUUGGCGGCCCUGACUGGCCAUGGCUACGUCGAGGAGUCUGGCCGCCAUAUUGCAUGUAUCUACGAUUCCUGUGAACACCGAUUCCACCGUGACUACGACUUGUGGGUGCAUAUGACUGCCAAGCAUGGCUGCUCUGAAGACGAAGUCCAGGGCCUGUUCAUGCAGCGUGCUCUAUUAGGAGACCAGUCUGGCCCUGGCGGGAACUCACUCGGCAUCUACGGGCUCGAGUUUGAUGAUGCCAACUUGGGCUUUUCGCAUGAGUCAAGUUAUGGACAGGGAACUGUUCAGUCUCAUAAUACCUCCGUUCUCCCCUCACAGUCUGGUCCAGAUUCUGAUAUUAUGAUGCAAGACGCAUUUUCUGCGGAUGGCAGUCACGCUGACACUAUGAUACCCAAUCACAACGAGAUGUCAUUGAUUGACCCUGUUCUGGCUUACCAUUUGAUGGAGAGCUAA